CUGAGGUUGUAUUCUAGGGUAGUCUCCUCUCUUUCCAGUAUACAUAUCCCCUCUCGUUGUUACUUAAUAAUGGCAAGAAUGCCAACAGAACCUCUUGUUGUAGGGAGAGUGGUAGGAGAUGUUCUUGAUUCGUUCAACCCAAGUGUGAAAAUGACUGUGACUUACACAAACAACAAGCAAGUGUUUAAUGGGCACGAGCUCUUCCCCUCCGCAGUGACGACCAGGCCUAGGGUUGAGAUUGCUGGAGCUGAUAUGAGGUCCUUCUUCACUCUGGUUAUGACAGACCCAGAUGUUCCUGGCCCUAGUGACCCUUAUCUCAGGGAACACUUGCAGUGGCUGGUAACUGACAUCCCAGGCACAACAGAUGCCACAUUUGGCAAAGAAUUGGUGAGCUAUGAGAUUCCGAAGCCUAAUAUAGGGAUCCACAGGUUCGUGUUUGUGUUAUUCAAGCAGAAACGCAGGCAGUGUGUAACUCCACCUUCCUCCAGAGAUCACUUCAACACCCGCAAUUUCGCUGCAGAAAAUGAGCUUGGCCUUCCAGUCGCCGCCGUCUACUUCAAUGCGCAACGAGAAACCGCUGCCAGAAGACGCUGAUGAAUUAAUCAAUCAACUAAUUAUAGCUGGUACUUUAUAUCCAUGGUCUCUGCUCUUUUUCAAACGUGAGAUUGGUAUCAGGUAUAUGCUCGAUUAAGUUGCUCUUUUGUCGUCCGCUCUACCUUCAGUAAGUUGGACCAGAAGGAAUGGUGCGUCUGAAUAACCAUUGACCAAGGGUUUUCAAGAUUGACGUUAUAUCUUUCUGAAAUCGACACGUAUGUAGUUGUUGCAGAACUGUAAUAAUGAUAUUGGUCAUGCAAUCCUUGACCACCAAUUAAUUAGCGUACGUAUGUAUAGACAGAUGAUGUCUCUUUAACUUCUCACAACCAAGAAGUGUACUCCACCAAUGCAUCAUGAGCUACGAAGUAGAGAUACAGUAUGAUUCCAAAUAUAUAUAUAUA